UGUUGCAGCGCAUUGCUGGUUGCAUUGCAUACAAUAUUAGCAUUUCCAGCAACCCGUAUAUGCUUUGGCUGCGGUUGUUCCAUCCCACGCCAAACCUGCCUGCGCUCCCGAGGCCGCUCCCCAGCCAACAGCCAGCAGCCAGCAACCAGCUCCGCAGCUCGUGUUUCAGGUAGGAGCGAUACGCAGACCAGGUCCCGAGCUAGCCUCCGCCGGUCCUCUCAUCCGGCCGUCCGCUCUUCCGCCCGCUCCGCUCAUCCGCCCCUCCGCUCACCAUCAUCUAAUCAUGUUUCUCCGCGUAGCCGCCAAGCGUCAGGCUCACUGCGCGCCGUUGGCGGGAGCCAUCUUCGCGCCUCAGCUUUCCGGUUUCCUUUCCGCGCCGUCCGCUUCAACCACCGCCGCUGCGCUCCCUACACCCACCGUCGCCUGCCGCCCUCCAAUUAGCGAAGACCACGUGGCCGUAGGUAGUCGGGGAUACCACAGCGUAAACGCAGGUCGCGCCAGCACGUUUCCAGUGAAGGUGCCACGUCAGCCCGCCGGCUGGCGCGGGUUCUCCGCUUCCGCGUCAGUGGCGCCUUCCCCCACUGGCAGUCCCGCGGGAGCUCCCAGCGCUGCUCCGGCGGCUAGCGAGGGGGACGUGCCGCGCGUGAAGCUGCUGAUAGGAGGCGAGCUGGUGGAGUCCCGCUCCGACCACCAUGUUCCCGUCAUCAACCCUGCGACGCAGGAAGUCCUGGCGCACCUUCCGCUAGCCACACGCGACGAGUUCAGUGCAGCAGUGCGCGCGGCUGCGGAUGCCUUCCCCGCGUGGCGCGCCACUCCGCUGCCCGUGCGCGCGCGCGUCAUGCUCAAGCUGCAGGCGCUCAUUCGCCGCGACAUGGACCGUCUGGCUCUGAGUGUGACAACGGAGCAAGGCAAAACACUAGCGGAUGCUCGAGGAGACGUCUUCCGAGGACUAGAGGUGGUGGAGCAGGCGUGUGCGAUGGGCACGAUGCAGAUGGGCGAGCUGCUGGAGAACGUGAGCGCGGGCGUGGACACGUACAGCAUGCGCCAGCCGCUGGGGGUGUGCGCCGGCAUCUGCCCCUUCAACUUCCCCGCCAUGAUCCCCCUCUGGAUGUUCCCGUUCGCCGUGACGGCGGGCAACACCUUUGUCCUGAAGCCGUCUGAGAAGGACCCUGGCGCCGCCAUGAUGCUCGCCGAGCUCGCGCUGGAAGCGGGCUUGCCGCCCGGCGUGCUCAAUGUGGUGCACGGCACGCAUGACGUUGUCAAUUGGAUGUGUGACGAACCCGAGAUCCGGGCAAUCUCCUUCGUUGGAUCCGACAAGGCGGGGCGCCACAUCUAUGCUCGAGCAGCAGCACACGGCAAGCGAGUGCAGUGCAAUAUGGGGGCGAAGAACCACGCCGUGGUGCUGCCAGAUGCUGACCCACAGUCAGCCGUGAAUGCGCUGGUGGGGGCGGCGUUCGGAGCGGCAGGGCAGCGCUGCAUGGCCAUCAGCACAGCUGUGUUCGUUGGGGGCUCAGAGCAGUGGGAGCCUCUCCUCCUGGAGGCGGCGUCGCGCCUGCACGUGUCGGUGGGAACGGACCCUGCGGCGGACCUGGGCCCGGUGAUCUCGAGGGACGCAAAGGCGCGCAUCCACGCGCUGGUGGACAGCGGAGUCAAGGACGGCGCCCGCCUGCUGCUGGACGGCCGCAACGUGCAGGUGCCGGGCUACGAGAGCGGCAACUUUGUCGGUCCGACAAUUCUGGCGGAUGUGAGGGAGGGCAUGGAGUGCCACCGGGAGGAGAUCUUUGGCCCCGUGCUGCUCCUCAUGAGCGCCGACUCCCUCGAUGACGCCAUUGCGCUUGUCAACCGCAACCCCUAUGGCAAUGGCACCGCCAUUUUCACCAGCUCAGGCGCAGCUGCCAGGAAGUUUCAGAAUGAGAUUGAUGUUGGGCAGGUGGGCAUCAACUUGCCCAUCCCGGUGCCACUGCCCUUUUUCUCCUUCACCGGGUCACGCGCCAGCUUUGCCGGGGACCUCAAUUUCUAUGGCAAGGCGGGUGUACAGUUCUACACCUACACUAAGACUGUUACGGCAGCUUGGAAGGAGCCUAGUGGGGCGGCUUCCAAAGUAUCCAUGGCCUUUCCGACGUCGCAGAAGGUCUGAAGGGGGUGGUAUGAGUUGCCUUAUCCAAAGUAUCCCUUCCUCCCGUGCAUGUGUAUAUCUUGGUCUGGGUCUGGGUCCAUUGCUUUUAUCGGUGCGGCCUUUGACGGCUUGAUUGUGGCAUGGACUCGUUUUUGCCACACGCUGUAUUUUCUCUCGUUUCUGCUUGUAUGUAAAUCUCCUUGGAAGUCCGCUAAUACUAGUAGGGCAAGAACGGCAAAGGAUGGAGGUUGGGGAGAGGGAGGAUCAAGCUGAAAAAGAACUCCCUU